CAAGUUCAUGGUGAACUUUGCAAUUUUCCCGUUAAAAAUAAGGAAGAUUAAGAAGGAACUAGCAUAGAAAUAUUGAAUGCAUAAACCCUAAACUUAACCCUCAAAAUUUGAGUUUUUGGACCUCAACAGAGCAGAACAGAGUAGCCAGGUGAAGACCAAGACUGAGAAACUCUCCAAAUGUCAGCAUCAAGAACAUGGCAUCUUCUUCCUUAGCUAAAUCCAUAACAAAAUUUCGCCCUUCUUUUUCCCUUUCUGGGCACUGUUCGACGCCUUUACCUCCAUCCUCUUCCUCGUUCAGCUCUGCCGCUGUGGUUUCUUCUGCUCCUGAUCCCAACUCAUCUUUCCUUUCGCAAGCCCAACAGAAACAAAGAGAGUCGAGAUGGUCAAAAUGGCUCCUGUUCCUUCCUGGUGCUCUCACGUUUGGCCUUGGAACAUGGCAGAUUGUCAGGAGGCAAGAUAAGAUAGAAAUGCUAGAUUACCGGCAGAAGCGAUUGUUAAUGCAACCUGUGAACAUAAACAACUUAUUGCCAUUGGAGGACAAGCUCGAUGAUCUGGAGUUCAGGAGAGUGAUAUGUAAAGGAGUUUUUGAUGAGAAAAAAUCAACCUAUGUUGGUCCACGUUCGAGAAGUAUUUCAGGAGUGACAGAAAAUGGUCAUUAUGUGAUUACCCCAUUGAUGCCAAUUCCCGGCCUUCCGGAUAGUGUGCAGUCGCCAGUUCUGGUUAAUAGAGGCUGGGCUCCACGCACUUGGAAGGAGAAGGCUUUAGAAGUAGAUCAACAAGGUAGUGAACAGUCUUCAGAUAUUGUACCUUCCUUGGUUCAAGAGAAUGGGAGAAGCUCUUGGUGGAAGUUCUGGUCAAAAAAGACUGAGAGUCUAGAGAAUGAAACCACCCCCAUUACUCCAAUAGAAGUUAUUGGAGUAGUUCGCACAAGUGAGAAGCCUAGCAUAUUUGUGCCAGCAAAUGAUCCUGGCUCUAGGCAAUGGUUUUAUGUCGAUGUUCCAGCAAUUGCACGCUCUUCUGGUCUACCUGAGGAUACUACUUAUGUUGAAGACAUAAAUGAGAAUGUGAACCCAAGUGACCCGUAUCCCAUUCCAAAGGAUGUUAAUACCUUGAUACGGAGUUCCGUUAUGCCACAAGAUCAUCUGAAUUAUACAUUAACAUGGUACGCUCUCUCAGCUGCUGUAACGUUUAUGGCUUUCAAAAGACUGAGUCAAAAAACAAGUCGAAGAUAACAAAAACUCUUGCUUGACCUUCUAUAGAGCAGGAACGAACCCGGAACUCUCAUAAAUUGUACGUGCAAAUUAUUUUUCUUGGUAUUGAUUUUCAUAAUGCUUUUCACUAGAGAAGCCUGGAUACCUCAUUUCCCAAGGACUUUUUGAACUAGAAAAUGCUCAGAAAUCCUCGAUCCCUUUAGAGAUACAGCAUGUGGCAAGAUAACAAGUUUUCUGCAACCAUUAAAACUGAGCAACCAUUUUGAUAUUUCCCUAACUAAUAAAUUUGUUAGUCAAUUUGGAGCAUUGUUUCUUUGAACUGUCAUGUUUUCCGGUGUAUGAAAGAACGGUUAAUUUCAUUUGCCAAUAUGGAUAUAGUACAGUGGUAAUUGAUGUAUAGUUUUCUUAGGAUUGGGGUUCAAAUCUACCUACUCUCUAUUAUCUUGGGGGGAAAAAAGUUGGUCAGGCCUGUCAUAUUCUUUGUCUAUGUUUUUAUUUUCCUUAAAUCUUUCAUUGUCAAGUUUAUUAGGCAUAGUUGAAUGUGAAAGUGACAUUAAAUAUAUAUCUUGUUUGGUGGGUUACAAUGGAUGGUCUAUGAAUAUUGAAAACCUA